AUGGGCUAUUUAAAUAUCAUAUUAAUGAUUAUUAUUUGUAACAAUCUGAUGUGCACUGCCGACGGUUCCUUAAAAUGCAGGAUUUUAGGGAACACGAACACUUACAGCCUUUCGGAGAGGGGCGACUUUAUUCUUGGUGGUUUAUUCCCUUUACACUUUUUUAAAUCGGUUCCGGAUUUGCUUUCGUUUGAAGUGAUGCCCAAACUGUCCACAUGCAGUGAGUUCAGUCCACGUGGAUUUCGUUGGAUGCAGACUAUGAUUUUUGCAAUCAGUGAAAUUAACAAUCGACAAGACCUCCUUCAAAACAUUACAUUAGGAUACACGAUUAUGGACAGCUGCGAUCACAUCGCAACAUCUACAAAAAGUGCGCUUAUUCAACUUAAUGGGCAAGAGGGUGAAGAUGGCAGCUUCUCAUGCUUUGCUGCCGGGCGUCCAGCUGUCAAUAUGAUAAUUGGUGACGCAGGGUCUUCGAGAUCUGUGGCUGUUCUGAGGACCAUUGGACCUUUUCACAUUCCUUUGGUCAGCUAUUUUGCCUCCUGCAGUUGUUUAAGCGACAAGAAAGAGUUUCCAUAUUUCAUGAGAACAAUUCCCAGUGAUGCUUUUCAGAUCAAAGCCAUUGUGAAGCUGGUCAAGCAUUUCAAAUGGACUUGGGUUGGGGCCGUUGGACUGGACACCGAUUAUGCCCGCUUUGGCAUUCAGCUUUUCAUUGAAGAAGCAAAACAGUCGGAUGUAUGUAUUGCCUACGCCGAGUUUUUUCCGACCACCUACACGAGAGAAAGGAUUCUUGAAAUUGUGGAUGUAAUGAAGAAAUCUUCUGCUAAUGUUGUUCUAGGAUUUACAGGUGAAGGGGACCUGGUUCCCAUUUUAGAUGAAUUCAGACUACAGAACAUCACCCACAUUCAGUGGAUAGCAAGCGAAGCCUGGUCAACGGGAACGCUGCUCCGGAACGAAUACCGGGAACUUCUAACGGGCAGUGUUGGCUUUGCCAUCCGACGGGGGCAAAUUCCAGGCCUGAAACGUUUCCUAACCCGAUUACGCCAGUCGGAUGCGUACACUUCUCCAUUCAUUGCGGAACUGUGGGAGGAGGUGUUUGAAUGCAAGCUGAACAAUUCAUUGAACACGCAUACGCAUGGGGCUCAGUCCAGAAAACCUUGUUCAGGUCUGGAGAGCAUGGAAACAAAAGUUCAUAUUUACACGGAUGACACGCAGUUGCGAGUGUCAUAUAAUGUUUACAAAGCUGUUUACGCCAUUGCUCAUGCGCUUCACAAUAUGAACUCUUGCAUAAAGAACAAUGGGCCUUUUGAAAACAAUUCAUGUGCAGAAAUGAAAAAUAUUCACCCAUGGCAGCUUUAUCAUUACAUGAGGAAUGUGCGUUUUUUAACUCUUGGAGAGGAAGUCAGUUUUGAUAAAAAUGGAGACCCAAUUCCAUCGUAUGACUUGAUUAACUGGCAAAUGGGACAGGAUGGUUCAAUUGAGUUUGUAAAAGUUGGAUAUUACGAUGCCACUUUGGGUACGGAAACGGAGCUUUUUAUUAAUGACUCCAUCAUUUUGUGGCGUGGAGGGCAGGUUCCGAAGUCUGUGUGCAGUGAAAGCUGCAACCCAGGAACAAGAAGAACGCCAAGGAAGGGACAGCCUACAUGCUGUUUUGAUUGUAUACCUUGUGCAGAUGGCGAAUUCAGCAAUCAGACAGAUGCUGUAGAGUGCCUGAAAUGCUCUUUGGAAAGGUGGUCUAAUGAAGCUAAAGACCAAUGCAUUCCAAAAAGUAUUGAAUUUUUGUCAUACCAAGAUCUGUUAGGUUCAACACUAGCAUUUAUUUCAAUAUUUGGUGUCUGCAUUACCACAGCUGUUGCAGCUGUAUUUACCAUCUUCCGGAAAACUCCAAUUGUGAGAGCAAACAACAUGGAAUUAAGUUUUCUUUUAUUGUUGUUUCUUGUUCUAUGCUUUCUAUGCCCCCUUGCAUUUAUUGGUGAACCAACCACCAUCUCUUGUUUUAUGCGUCACACUUUGUUUGGCAUCAGCUUUGCCCUGUGCAUUUCAUGCAUUUUAGGAAAGACAGUUGUUGUUGUCAUGGCUUUUAGGGCAACGCUACCAGGAAGUAAUGUGAUGAAAUGGUUUGGUCUUGCACAACAAAGAGCUAGUGUUUUCCUCUGUACAUCCAUUCAGAUUGUAAUCUGUAUUGUAUGGUUAACUACAAGUCCUCCAUAUGCUAUUCAAAACACAAAGUAUCAGAGUGCAAAGAUCAUUCUAGAAUGCUCUGUUGGUUCGAACGUUGGGUUCUGGUGUGUGCUGGGUUACAUUGGAUUUCUUGCUUCUAUGUGUUUUAUUAUUGCUUUCCUUGCUAGAAAGCUUCCUGACAAUUUCAAUGAAGCCAAAUUCAUAACUUUUAGCAUGUUGAUAUUUUUUGCUGUUUGGAUCACUUUUAUUCCUGCCUAUGUUAGUACUUCUGGAAAAUACACAGUAGCUGUUGAGUUAUUUGCUAUUCUAGCAUCAGCAUUUGGACUACUUGUAUGCAUAUUUGCUCCAAAAUGUUAUAUCAUACUGUUAAAACCAGAAAAAAAUACAAAAAAAUACAUGAUGGGCAGAAACAGCCAUACAACUACAAAGUAA